AUGGGCAGCAGGGCGGGUUCGUGCGUAGGUGCGUCUGGAGGGCGAAUCUGGUCAAGCUGGCUUCGGUUCCCCCAUCCCCAUCCACCAAAGCCGCUGGAUCGCCGGUGCUGCGGACGUGAACACGGACACAUGCCAGAAGGCUCGCCGCGGGUUAGACUGGCAAUCAAAAAACCAUAUUGGCUGAUCGGUGCCACCCCGACCCUAUAUGCGGCCGCCUUAAGAAGGGUGGUGUACCGAUGCCGGCUCAACAAGUACCUCCAAGUACCUGCCCGUACCAAGACCCACCACCCUCCACCAUAG